AGUACAGCAGGGAUGUUUGUUGUUAAUAAUAUGGGACCAGAGGAAACCGUACAUUCCUCUAGUGGUAAGAUGCUUAGGGGUGCCCUAUGGGGACUGAUGCUGGUGGUGUCUGUAGUCAUUUAUGGGUCUCAUGCUCCUCUGAUUUUCCUAUGCAGAGUCGGUGGACAAUUACCUUUCAGCUCAUCUUCUGUUGUCCUCCUUAUUGAAUUAUCCAAGUUGAUAAUAUCGGUGGUGAUGCUUCUGAUCUGGGAUUGCAAAUCUAGGCAUUUAGCAGUCUCGUGUCGGCUGGCCAUGCCUUAUGCUUUUCCUGCUAUCCUGUAUGGUGCCAAUAAUAAUUUAGUAGUCCACAUGCAGCACUAUAUGGACCCAAGCAGCUUCCAGGUCUUGAGUAACUUAAAGAUUGUCAGUACAGCCCUCAUGUACAGCAUCUUCUUAAGCCAGAAUCUGUCCAUCCAGAAGUGGCUAGCCUUGUCCUUACUGACGGUAGCUGGCCUGUUUUACAGCUAUGGAGGCAUUCAGGAUCUAGAAAAGCAAUCAACUGACACACAUCUCUAUAUCAGCCUGCAAGGCAUCCUCCUCAUGGUGAUCUACUGCCUGAUCUCUGGACUGUCUGCGGUUUACACCGAGGUGACUCUGAAAACUCAAAAAAUCCCACUCAGUCUACAGAACAUUUUCUUAUAUUCCUUUGGCAUAAUGGUCAACUUCUUUGUACACCUGACAGAAAGUGACAGCCAAGGUUUUCUGGAUGGGUUCUCGGUUUGGGUUUUGGUUAUCAUCAUAAGCCAGGCCCUCAAUGGCUUGAUCAUGUCUGCUGUAAUGAAACACAGCAGUAACCUCACCAGGCUCUUCAUCAUUUCCUUCUCCAUGCUUGUAAAUGGACUUUUGUCUUACCUGCUGUUCCAGCUCCAGCUGACUCUUUUGUUCUUUUUUGCUGUAUUUCUCAUUGGCUUAGCUGUGUAUUUGUUCUAUGGCAUCAAGUGAAAUGGUUCUUGCCAAUGUGACAUCUCACAAUGACCACUCGCUCUUAUUCUGCUUGUAAGUUGUUCAGUAUUGUUAGGCCAGCAGCAAAUCUAUUCCCUGUGUGUAAUGGGGGGGGGGACUUUUGGGCUGGGUUCACACAUGCAGUUUGAUGCAAAUUAUUUUAAAGCUAAGUAUGUCCAAAGGAAUGAAUCGUGCUUCUCUGUUGUAUUCACUUCUUUUUGGGAAAAAAAUUAAACUGUGUGUGUGAUUCCAUCCAUAAAGAAGUUUUCCAGUUUAAAGUAUCCAGGUGAUAAAUGUUACGCAAGUGGUGUUCCAUCCUGGUCCUUUCUUCCAGCUGCAAGACUGUGCCUGGAAGGACUUUUAAAUGGAUCUGUUGUUGAGCAUGUACCCUGUCACUACUUUCCUAGCCAUCAGGGAUGAUUGCAAGUCGCUUUAAACCAGAAUACCCCUUUAGGGUGUAUUCACACAUACAGUAAGUAUCCUGUGCAUAUUUGAUGUUCAGGAUUUAAAGCUGUGUUUAGUUAUUCAGUUUACACUGAACUCUGCAGCAUCAAAUCCUGCUAUCAAAUAUGCACAGGAUACUGUAUAUGUGAAUACUCCCUUAGGGUAUGUACAUACGUGCAGUAUCUGCUGCUUAUUUUGCUACCCAACACUGGGUAGCAAAAUCAGCUGCAGAAAAUAGGCAGCGGAUACUCUACGUUUGAUAUUUGAUGCACAGAAUUUGAAGGAGUAUUCCAGUAUCCAAUUUUUUUUAUGUUGCUGGGGGACUGGUGUAAAAAAAUAAAUAUACUUACUUCCCGUGUUCCCCACAGCUCCAGCGACUCUGUCUGCCACUGGUCUCCACUUGUUCCUACUUCUGAGACUUCUAAGCAGGACCUCCUCACUUAAUAAUAGGCCCAGACACGACACCAUUGAUUGGCUGAAUGGGCAGGUCCUACCCUAAGAAGUAGGAAUGAUUGUGACUGGACCAGGACCUGCAGGGGACUGGUCUAGGAAGGGUUUCAUUUUUAGGUUUAAAGUUUACUGUCAUUUUCUAUGUUCAAAGGUCAGAUACAACAGUGCUGGUUAACUUUCCAAAUUAUGCUGUUGGCUGAUUUCUAUAUUGCAUCUUUUUUUAUUGCCAAUACUUGCUUUCUCUGUCAAGGGGCUGCUAGCUCAGUGGUGGGUGGGUUGUUCUCUUUCCUUCUCCGUUCACUCCUCCUCUGACAAAUUGAGAUGUCUGUGAGUUCAGAAGUCUCCUCAUACACCACAAAUAUCAGUACAGUGAUCAGAAAUAAGUUGGCAAGAAUGGGGAAUAAUCCAGGACUACAAAAUCAGACUUUACAAAGACACACACACCUGCUGUGAGAAAUCUACCGGGCAGCAGGAAAUACUCUGCUUAUGCACUAGGAGCAGACACACAGGGCUUUCCUCACCACAGCCAAGUGUGUGCAGUGAGGAUUUAAGGUGGGCUGCGCGUCACAAUUACAUCGGUGUGCUCAGCCCGCCACAGAACUCAGAAGUAUGUCCACUCAUGGCGCAUAUGCAGUGUAUUUCCUGCUGCCCUGGCAGAUUUCUCGCAAUGUCAAAUACGCUGUGUGACCCUACCCUAAAUAGGGGGAAAAAAGAGUUUGGCUGCAGAGUUUAGAAAGCUUCCCCUAGUGGUGACUUUUAGGCAGCCAAAAUUUUAAGGGAGUUCUCACACAGCUUUUAACUCUGUUCUCCUUUUCUGUAUUUUUUUUUCUCGAAUGGGAUUUAAUAAAGAAAGGACUUCGUCUGUUUCCUGAUGGAUACACUUCUCGCUUUAGAUUAACAAACUUCCAAAAAAAAAAAACUACCAAACAAGCUGUAUGUACAACAUUGAAUGUCCAGUCUUGAUGGCUUUAGAUAGGUUGGGAUACUUUCUACACCACCUAGUGAUCAUCUGCUUGGGGUUGUCGCACCUCCUCAUUGUUUACAUCUGCAUAUUUGCACAGUGGCUGCACCAGGAGUCAGACCCCUUUUAAUCUAAAAAUGUCAUAGCCCUUAAUAGAGGGCAUAAAGUUUGGGUAUCCCUAUGGCAUUUAACCUAAUGCUGCUCUGACCAACAUAAAGAUAUCUGUAUAGGUCCAGAUUCAUGUCAUGAGUCAGAAUGAGCUAUUGAUGCAUCCUUAAUAAAGAAUACCUAUUAUACAACAAGUUUUUAUUGCUUGAGCAAUGUACCCAAAGACUGACCUGUUCCACUGUUGGAGCUGCUGUUCCUGUGUCAAGGAAGAGCGAGCCAACCUAAGUGAGUCACUUGCCAGAUUUUUAAAGAGUAACUUUAAUGGUGCUGCGGCUGCAGAAUAUCUGUUUAAAUCUCCCGACCGCGAUCAGGGUACCAGAUAUAACUGAAGUCUCAUCCAAGUCUAUGGGCCGUGCAAAUAUUUAUCCUGUUCGAUGUAGUCUUUAGCUAUGAAGUUCCAAAGUAUCCUGCCACCAGAACGUGAUUGGAGAUACGCUUUAAAGCAAGCUGGGUGCUAUUGAAUUCAUAUGCAUAAUAAACAAUGAGUUUUGGUUGGGAGGGGUGGGAGUGUUCUCUUUUGUUUUUUCUUGAAACAUAACAGCCAUGUGUCCUCUUCCUGCAUCAAAAUAUAACAGAAGUUCUAAUACCAAAAAAUAUAACCCUACAUCUUGCAUGUUAAAAUGCUAUUUAAAAUUAUUACAUAUAUUUUAGAUUUUUGGCUAAAAUAUAACUGAAAUCCUUAUCUAUGGUCAACAAAGUACUCAUACUUUUGUAAUGCAUAAUAAAAUGUAUUUUUGUUUUUCUAAGUGUGACCCAAAACUGUUAUUGUGUCAAAAACUGAUACGUAAUAGUAAAGACUGCUAAUAUGUUGGUCAAAAAUUUAUAAUUUAAGGCAUCAAGUUUUGAAGCAUAGUUUUUGAAGGGUAACUCUCAUUAAAACAUUUUUGGUAAAUAAAAAACAUACAGUGGUCCCUCAACAUACGAUGGUAAUUCGUUCCAAACAACCCAUCAUUUGUCGAAUCUAUGGUAUGUUGAGGGAUCCGUGCAAUGUAAAAAGUGCAUUACUCACCUGUCCCUGCUGCUCUGGACCGCGUCCUCACCACUCCCAAUGGUCUCCCAGGGGCUCCCGAUGCUGUCCCGCUGCUCCGGCGGCUUCCGCAUCUUCACCGGAGUCCGGGCCUUGCUUUCUGGUGACGUUAUUACGUUAGUGCGCCGGGAGGGCGUGCGCAGCUACGUAAUAACGACGCCGGAAAGCGAGGCCCGGACCCCGGAGAGGACCCGGAGCAGCGGGGAUAGGUAAAUGAGCCUGCUGGGGCACAUUACACUGCUAUCUGACAGCAGCUUAAGCAUUUUCCACUGCCGGAUAGCAGUUAAUGCGAUGGCCCCGACAUAUAAAAGCAUCGUAUGUCGAUGCUGACAUAUGUCGGGGCCAUCGCAUGUUGGGGGGUUACUGUAUUUCCAAUAUACUUUGUUUUAAAAAAAAAAAAUGAAGUUUUAUUUGUGCUUAAAUAUGCUCAAGAGCACAUUUUCCCCCCCAUCUCACACACAGACUUGGGACCGAAGCCCAAACGCAGAAAGUGCAUCCUGGAGUGCUGAAGGGGGUGUGUCCAGCCUCAUCCAA